AUGUCCGCUCUCUUGAUUAUUCUCCUCCUGUUCUCCAUGUUAGGGUGUAGUGAAGGAGCUACGAUUGUAAUGCUUCCUGCUAUUGGCAAAAGUCAUUUUCUAGUAUUUGAAAGACUCGCUGAGGUGCUAACAGAUAGAGGAUACGAGGUAUGACUGUUAGUUUUGUCAGAAAAGAAAGUCGGUAUGUUAUGUCAGAGGAAAUUGAACAGUACAGAUCUGAAAAACUCGGAUAUUUUACAUGUUUUAUAUGAUUUUUUUUCAUUUCUUCCACUUAAAAUGUAUUUUGGAAGUAUUUAUUGGUAAAUAUUCUUCAUGUAAAGCGUGAAGCUGCAAGCGUGACGUUAUGAACUUGGGGCAGAAAUGUUAAGCGAUGUAUUGCAUAGAGGUUUUUAAAAAUAUAAGACUAAACAUAAAGACUUUCCAUAUCCUACCGGUACCAUGAUGAAGUUUAGUGAAAUCAACAGAUCUUUCAACAUAUAAAUUUAAAAGUAGCCGUGGGUAUAGGUACGAGCGUUGAAAUUAGGCAGGUAGAAAACUCGGACUCGCAGUGUCACUUCAUUUACAUACUUAACAGACAAUAGUUUCCAUUGUUAGUGCAUUGUUCAGAUCCGGUCCGAGUUUUGUACCUGCUCGCUGAAAUUUGCAUAUUUGGCUGGUUAUAUUGUCUUGUAAACUUAGCAGUAAAUAUUAACAUUUUGAAGGUGGUGUGGUUGGGCUGGUUGAAGACCUUCCAGCAGUAGGGGAGUGGGGGCAGAGCGUCAUGUUUACUUGUUCCUUAAUAAUAUUAAUAGAGUGGUUUUCGUUUGAGUGUCGUAAAACCAAAACCAAAGUAAUUACUCUGGCCAAUCACAUAGGACACAGACAAUACAUUGAACCAAUCAAAACUCGAAGUAAUUACAUGUGGCUGACGCAAAGCGCGGCAAAAUGCAUGCGAGCGCGUCACAAUUGGCUUUGGUUUUACUUCUGAUUGGAUGAAAAGGUGGCGCAAAUCUUUUAAGCCAAUCGCAUCGUGUAGAAAGUGCAAAACCAAUUACUUUUCGACACUCAAAUGAAAACCGCUCUAAUAAUAGUAACAGCAACAAUAGUUCUUCAGAAGAACGUAGCUGAUGUUUACAUUUCUCCUUUUCUCUAACUGGAUUGCAGAUAUAGGAUGGCGCAAGUUGAUAUUCCUUAAUUAAAUGAAAUUCAAAGUUCCUUCCUUUAAUGUUCCCCCUGAAUAUCAGACAUCUCCUCUUUUCACUCUCUCCUCCUGUUUAUCCUCUUUUUCCCUCAGAAAUGCCUGAUACUGAGCCUAAAUUUCACCUGUUCACCAAUAUUCAAUUCUGCAGUCCUUGAAAAAUGCUGUUUGGUCAGGAUGCGGUAUUCUAUCAAGCAGUCUUCAUGAAAUAAAGUGUGGUACUACUUUGACCUCCUUAGAGCUUCUAAACUAACAUUUGUUGAAAAGAGUUGUAUUCUUUUCCUACAGGUUCAAAUACUUGUAGGGGACACUGAGAGGUAUGCUGCAAGUCAUAGAUAUGUCCGGAUGUUCAAAACACCUGAAGUGUUUUUUCAGAUCAUGUUGACUCGCCGUGGGCCAAAGAAAGGUCUUGAUGUGAUAACAGAGAUGGCAAAUGUUGCACAGUUGAAAGCCCUUUACUGCGAGGGUGUUUUAAAUAACAAAGAUAUCUUAAACGAGGUACAAACUGCUUCGCUCAUCAUCGGUAGUGGAUUAUACAUGUGCUCAUCUUUGGUUGCUAGCAAAUUCUCCCUGCCACAUGUCGUCAUUCUCUUAGAAACUCUCAGCCUUCCCACAAUGCAUGCCUUUGGUGUACCGUUACCACCCUCUUUCGUCCCCCAGUUCAAGUCAACCUUAACAGAUGAAAUGACUGUUAUUCAUCGAGUGAAAAACCUUUAUCACUGGAUUCUUGUCUACUGGGCAUUUCAUCAUGGCAUGGUUCCUCAAUUUAAUGAUCUAAAGAAGAGGUAUAAUGUUGCACCAAAUAGAAGUACUUAUGAAGUACUUGGCACGGUUGAUUUGAUCAUAUCACAGAAGCCCUUUAUUCUAGAGUAUCCAAGACCUCUCUUACCUAGUACGUAUGUAUGUGUUUUACUAGUAUAUAGAGGGCCUUCAAAUUUCUUAAGGUGAUUCACUGGUUUUGCACUGCGCAUCUCUCACUGCGCAUAACAAGAUGGCCGCCGUAAAAAAGAGCAUUUGAAGUAACCCUAUUAAAAUGAAGUCGAUUGAAGAGAAAUGCUAUUGGAAUAUUUGCUUGCGCUUUUUUCUUGCCGAGGUGAGACUCAACGUGCCGGGAAUGUGCAAAACGUAAGCAGUACGCGUGUUGCUGAGUUCGACGUCCUCACGGAGAACCUCGAUAGGGGAUGUUAAACUUGUGCUUACCCCCUUUGAUUUUCAUUUAAACGCUUUUUAUAUCACAUUGUGUCCUAAACGAUCUAUCUCGAUGUAAAUUUUGUAAAAACGGAUUUUUUAAUACUUUCUUUCCCUUUUCACAUACAUGCCAUUUUGAAACUCGCUCCAGUCCUCUCUCAAAAAUGAGGGAAAAUGCAUUUGGUGCGCACUUUCUGCAGCUCUACCACAAAAACGAGUACGGUGAACCCCAUUUUUUAUUUCAUGAUUUUAAUAAGGACAGUCCUUCCUUUUCGAUGAGAAAAAAAUUGGCACAAAUCUAUGUUCAGUUUUUUGGCAAUUUUACUAAAUUGUACGGAUUGAGCUAUCACGGGUCGAAUAGCGCGUGUCCAAUUUAAUUCUACUUUGAAGCAUUAAGUGAAAACAAGGGCAUUAAAAGGCAUUUUUCUUGAACGUGACCGGAUAAAAAAUACACUAAAUUCAAAUUCUGUGCGUUACCCCAUGCAUCAUCGAAAAAAUCUCUCCUUUUUGUCUAGUUCUGGGCUGCGCGCGAAACUAGACAAAGGGUCCCAAAUAGCCGUAUUUGUCAGCAUUGUGACGUCAAAAGAAGCACGGUGACCCCCAAUUUUUAUUACUUUUUUAUCAUCUUCUCGACUUGUUACAUCAGUGUACCAAGUUUCAUCUACAAUCUAUGUUAGGUUCUUUUACUAAGGAAUUGGAUUAGCCUCAAAGCUAACUUUAUACGAAGUUCUCGAACGGGCUACUGAUCCUUUGGAAGAAUGAGGGGAGCAAAAACUGAAAAUAUAUCCUUGUCAUAAUUACCAGAUAAAUAUGUAGUCCAUACCAUCACUUGAACACCUACAAGGACUACCUACCUUGUAGUUUGGAUGGAGAAAGGAUUUGAUUAUUAUUAUUAUUGUUAUUAUUAUUAUUAAUUCGAAAUCCUUUGCACGAUUUUUCUAUAAAUCUCUUCAAAAAAUAUUUGAAACCACAGAUUACUUAGCGUUUUGUAGCCUCCCAUGCAGACUUUCUUAGAUAAAGUUGUUCUCUUUACAUGUUUUAAAUGCUUGUAAUCCGUAAAGAUUAGAAUACGCGUCGGCGGGAGGGGAGAAAUCGGCUGCGCGCCCAGGAACGCAAGGAGGCGCACCUGGAUUUCACCUUCACACACCUGUCACGCAGGCAGGUACAGGGAAUGGUAAGGGGGGUAUAGGAGCUGCUUUGUAGAAAAUUUAUUUGAUUUCCUUUGAAAUGCACCAUCGACAUUCUGGGCAUUACACAAUUUGUGAUAAUUUCAUUAUGACAUGGCGACUGUAUUUUAUGGAGAGAGUAAGAGUUAGAGAGUUAGAGUAAGUGUAGAAGCACUGGGGCCCUCGUGUGAGAAUUUAUUUCUCAAUUCUUUAGUUCCCCUAGGUAAUGGCAGACCUCCGGCCAACUUGCAGACGCCAUUGAGGAGAACUGCUCGAUUGCAACGUUGUCCAAAAACUUAACAAAUGUGUAGUUUAAAUAUUUAUUUAAUUCUCAAACUGUAACCGAUAAUUCGUUAGGUUGUAAAGCCACUCCUCUUUCACUUUCCUAGAUACUAAAGUUGUGGGUCCACUUGUAGCAGCACCUGCCAAGCCAUUGCCCGCCGAAUUUGAAGAGUUUAUGCAGAAUACCGGGGACGAGGGUGUCAUUCUCGUAUCAUUUGGAACCAUAUUGGGAAAUGUUGAAGAGAAAAAACUGGCGUUGCUGGCAAAUGCCUUGUCCAGAGUGCCUCAAAAGGUUUUAUGGAAACUUCAAAAGGGUAUUUUAUGCGUUAUGCAAAAUCAGAAGGGGAAACCCUCGAGUAUAAUUUAACACUAUAAAUGAUCCCAAGUUCUUCGUGGAGAGCGCAACAGAUAUUUUACUCGCCGAUUAUUCCCAAAAAGACAAGUAUCUAAAUGUCAUGACAGAAUCGUUACAAGUUGCGUAGACACGGUAAUUAAGGACGUUCUGCUGAAUCAAAAACUUUUGUGCGCAAAUUAUUGUUACGACCUUUCGCAUCAUCCGUGCAAGAAAACCGUAAAUAAUGGUACGAGUUAGGUUUUUAAGCCAGUUGUUUUAGCUAUUGUUAAAAUUUCGAAAGGUUCCUUUAGAAGUUUCUUUGAGAAGUAUACGAUUUUAGUAUAUUGCUCAACCACCCCUCACCAAAUUCAACGUUUUGUUAACACUAACUUCUCUUGUAGGAAAAAAAAAUGGGGGGGGGGGGGGGGGGCUAGAUUUUUUGUUUAUUUUUAAAUUUUUUAAAGGUUUUUUUGAAUGUUUUUUUUGAAAGUUUCAAAUUUUUUAGUUUUUCCCCACACCCCCCCCCAAAAAUUCAAGUUUUUUAAAACCAAAAUUUUUUUUAAGAAAAAAAAAAAGGGGGGGGGGGGGAGUGCUAGAUGGGCAGCAUAAGAUUUCGACAUACUGCUCACUCAUCCCUCCCCUAACCCAACUUUAAUACUAACUUCUCUUUUAGGGGUUAGGGAAUGGGUAGGUGGGUGGGUAGUUUCUCAGAAUCUUGUACUGAUCGCGCCUCUUGUUUUCUCUUUCUGAUGCAUACGUAUUGCCAUUGAUAAUUCCCUCUUCCACAAAGCAUGUUUAUUGGCUAUAUCUAUGAUUUUGUCUUACAAGAGAAAACACAGGUUUCUUUAAGCGACAACGUUAAGGUGGCAUCAUGGUUACCGCAAAACGACAUCCUCGGUCACAGCAGCACCAGGCUCUUUAUCAACCACGGCGGUGUACACGGUGUAUUGGAGGCAGUUUUUCACGGCGUCCCUAUGAUCUGCGCGCCGUUCUUUGGGGACCAGUACGACAACGCGCACGAGGCAAAAGCUAAGGGAUUUGCAGAGAUUGUCGACUUGGACACAAUCACAGUAGACCAGCUAGUGGAUGUUAUUGGCCGAGUUUUGGCAAACCAAAGGUAAGUAAGUAGUAAUCUUCUGAUGACAGUAUGAGAUCUACUACAUCAACAUUGUCAGUUAGGGUGUACCUUAUUUAGUCGAAUGGAUUAAACACCGCGGCGUUUUUUUAAAUUUUGUCAGUUCUGGUGCGGCGUUUAUGCGAGGGCGGCGUUAAUCUUAAAAUCAAAUUACUUAAAUCAGAGACCACAAGUACGGUAACUCGUUUGUAAGUAUUAUCCAUAACUGAUCAUGACGGAUACUUAAAUUUCCACUGUCUUGUUGAGGCUGAGGUAGUAUAGGUUACCGAUUGACACCGUAGUUGUUUUUCUGGGUAGUAGAAGAAGAAUCCUUAUUGGCUGUUCUAGAAAGUGCACAAGUGUGAUGUCUCCUAUCCUUCUUUUGACGAAUUUAUGACAUACCAUUCUUUCGUCCGUUCGUUCUCUUGCUUGUUAUACCUCUCAGUCUUCUCCUAUAUCCUUUCCUCUCUUAUUAUUUACAAUGUAUUAAGCUGGCUAGUUAUUUAUUUAUACGUUGUUUCAUUUACUUCUCGAACCGUUGUUUACUUGUAGUUACCGUGAGUCCGCAGCUCGUCUGUCUGAGUUCAUCAAGCUUUUACCUCGUUCUCCUCUGCAAGAAACCGCUGACUGGAUAGAAUACACGCAGGCUGUGGGUGGUUUACAGCACCUCCGCAUGCGGGGUUUGGACUUACCUUUCUACAAGCUUUACUUGCUUGACAUCCUGUUAGUUCUACUAUUAAUUACUCUGUUCAUAUUAUUAAGUUUGAAAUAUUUUCUUACUAAAUGUGUUGUUGGAAUUGUUAUGAGAACAUCGGGAACCGGAAGAGAAAAGACAAGGCCCUACAAGAUGGAUUAGUAAUAAUGAGUCAGUAUGACUGAAAUAGUGAAAAUGUGUCUUAAGUAAGAUAUUCCGCAUGCUAUAAUUGCACGUUAUCACUAUAUGUUAAUGUUUUAACGAUAUUUUGGAAGCUAUUCGUUUCAAGAAAUUAGAAAACGUUUGAGGAGGCACUUCGGUGUUUUAAACUAGUUACAACAUUAUUAAAAUCCCUUGAAAACUAGUUUAAGAAAUAUGCAUGUAGUUUUAAAACCAGACGUAUUUUAUGGUGG